UAGAUUGAUAUGCAAUAGAUGUGGCCCUCUUCCAAGUUUAAAUGACUAUACUUUUGAAAUUCUCGAGACGAUUGUUAAUUUUCGGUCACAGUCUAUGGAAGUUUAAAAUUAUGAGAACUAAUUCCUAAGUUGUAUUAAUUCCUAAGUGUUCGCUAAUGAGCUGAAUUGAAUUUGUAUAAAUUGUCAUGGGUGCCAUUGUUAAGGAUUGUGGAUGCCACUCGAUGACCUUAGCACCUUCUUAAGACUGGCUGUCCAGAAUAUGGAAAUAUAAUAACCCUUUGGAGUGUAAGGAAGAUACUAACAUGAAACAACCAAGAUACUACAAGACAAAAACGAAAACUCUCCUAGGGAGUGGCGCGUCGCCUGAGCUCUUACACAUAUUAAAAUGAUACACCAAAAGAAGGUUUCUAGACUGAGAGGCUAAGUGGGUUGACGCUUAGUUAGUUAGUAGUAGUCAGUUAGUUGUGAUGGAUGUGUACACAGUGAACGCGACAUUUUACUAUCAGAACCUCUCGGUGAACGAGAGCCUGUACGAGGAGGGUCCUACGGAGGUGGAGUCCCCUUGGCAACUGUUGGUGGUGAUAGUAGUCAAGUCAACAGUAAUGGGUUUCAUCAUCCUCGCAGCACUUCUGGGUAACUUGCUGGUGAUGGUGAGUGUGAUGCGACACCGCAAGCUGAGGGUGAUCACCAACUACUUCGUCGUGUCCCUAGCACUCGCGGACAUGUUGGUGGCUAUCUGGGCGAUGUGCUUCAACGCUUCCGUGGAACUCACCGGCGGUCGGUGGCUCUUCGGCUACUUCAUGUGUGACGUUUGGAACUCCCUGGACGUCUACUUCUCCACGGUCUCCAUCCUCCAUCUCUGCUGCAUCAGUGUGGACCGCUACUAUGCUAUUGUGCAGCCCUUGGACUAUCCACUGAUCAUGACUCAAGGGAGGCUGGUCGUGAUGUUGGCAGUAGUCUGGUGCUCGCCGGCACUUCUCAGCUUCCUGCCGAUUUUCAUGGGUUGGUACACUACAGAAGACCAUCUCAGGUUCAGGAGAAGCCAUCCUGACAUGUGCACCUUCGAAGUCAACAGACCGUAUGCCAUCAUCUCUUCCUCUGUCAGCUUCUGGGUACCAGGUGUCAUUAUGAUCUUCAUGUACUACCGCAUUUACAUUGAGGCUGACCGACAGGAGCGCAUGCUCUACAGGAGCAAAGUAGCGACGGCGCUGCUCAACAAACACCUGCAGAUAAACGGCAUCAGCACAUCCGGACUGCCGGCAGAACCGUCGGCUCAGAGCAGUAGCAGUAAGAUGAAGAGAGAGCGAAAGGCAGCGCGGACUCUGGGCAUUAUAAUGUCUGCUUUCCUCGCGUGCUGGCUGCCAUUCUUUCUCUGGUAUCUGAUAACUACUUUGUGUGGACAACCGUGCUAUUGUCCCCAUGCAGUGGUUGCUGCAGUUUUUUGGGUGGGAUACUUCAAUUCCGCUCUGAACCCGCUUAUUUACGCUUACUUCAAUCGAGAGUUUCGAGUAGCUUUCAAGAAGACUCUCCAGUCGUGCUGCUAUCAUCUCCUCCUUGUCUUCCCAUCACGAAGGCAUUCCAGCCAUCGGUUCCAGCCACAGUCCAGCACAAUACGAGGCAGCCGCCCGAUCAUGAACAGCAAUGUAUCGUCCUCCGCCGAGAUCCAUUUCCUCAACAACUCCUCAAUCCUGCGAGCAAACACGCCCGAGGACCGGCCCAAGUCUUCAGAUCCGGAUCAUCGCCCUCACUCUGAAGCGGUCAUGUAAAUGUCUCUCUAACUGACACUCGGAAUAACAGAGACAACAUUUCGGCAACUCACCGCAGCGGUCCCACAUUUCUGACAAUCAUCUCACAAUAGACUUAGUUUUCUGAGACAAAUAUAUUUUUAUAACAUUAUUAUGGGCCAAAAUGAAAGACUUACAUCAAAAUAAAGUGAGCAUUAAAAUAAAAACAAACUGCUAUGCGACACCUUGACAGAAUUCUUGAAUAACUGUCAGAAAAGAAACUUUCUUGUGAUCAUCUCCAAGCGAUGAAAGUUAUAAAUAUAUAGAAGUUACAAUAAUUGUUAAUUGUUGGAUCACAGGUUGUAAAUGGUAAUCUUCAUUGUAUGUGUAUAUAUGUUUAUAGUGUGUUGCUAUGUUAAGUUUUAAGAUUUAUAUUUGUUGUACAUUCCUCUGUGAUAAUACUCAGAAAUUUGUAAAAAUACAAAGACAGGAAGACUUACUCUUAAUUUGUACAUCGUAAAACUAAGUCAAUUUUAAAGCCAUGUUAAUUAUGUUAUUGAUGUUAUCAAACCAUAGCUGUAAUAAAUUAAGCGGGAAGAAUAAAUAAUCAUUCUGCUAAAUUGUACUGUAAUUAUUAUUACUUGUAAUCAAGAUUUCAAUUAAUAACCAUAUUACAUGAGAUGUGAAAUUUAGUCCAAUUAGUAAAAUUACUAUUACACAUUUAAACUCGAGGACUCAAAUUAUUAAAUUUUGAAAAAAAACAAGUUAAUUAAAAAAGAAACUACUGCAUCGUCGUCUGCGCAAUUUUGUUUUAGUAAAGCAUGGUUUCAAAACAGAAUUUAAUUUAUAAAAUCUCAGUAAACUAAAUCUCAAAUGUUCUAACUGCAACGAUGGUAUUAGAAAGCUGAGAUCGGCCUCAGUACAGUCCAUGAUGUAGACCGGUAACACAUGUGAAAAGUAGACGACGGUAAAGGCAGAACACAAGUGUGGGUGCUUAUACAAAAUAUAAAUAUCAGCUUGGUACUUUAUCAUCAAGCUUGCUACUAGUUUUAUUACGGAGAAACUAAAUGUAAAUCGUCAUUACGUAUUCCACCUUAUUAAGCAUCUGCCUAGGCAACUGAAAUUAGUUCUUUAAAUCAUGAACUGUUACUAUCAUAGACCUAUUUAUUUUGUGUGCCUCAAUCUCAUAUUCCACCUUAUUAAGCAUCUGCCUAGGCAACUGAAAUUAGUUAUUUACAUCAUGAACUGUUACUAUCAUAGACCUAUUUAUUUUGUGUCCCUCAAUCUCAUAUUCUGCCAGAUUUAGCGUCUGCCUACGCAGUCGUCAUCAGUUAUUUACAUCAUGAACUGUUACUAUCAUAGACCUAUUUAUUUUGUGUCCCUCAAUCUCAUAUUCUGCCAGAUUUAGCGUCUAUCUACGCUGUCGUUAUCAGUUAUUUACAUCAUGAACUGUUACUAUCAUAGACCUAUUUAUUUUGUGUCCCUCAAUCUCAUAUUCUGCCAGAUUUAGCGUCUAUCUACGCUGUCGUUAUCAGUUAUUUACAUCAUGAACUGUUACUAUCAUAGACCUAUUUAUUUUGUGUCCCUCAAUCUCAUAUUCUGCCAGAUUUAGCGUCUAUCUACGCAGUCGUCAUCAGUUAUUUACAUCAUGAACUGUUACUAUCAUAGACCUAUUUAUUUUGUGUCCCUCAAUCUCAUAUUCUGCCAGAUUUAGCGUCUACCUACGCUGUCGUUAUCAGUUAUUUACAUCAUGAACUGUUACUAUCAUAGACCUAUUUAUUUUGCGUCCCUCAAUCUCAUAUUCUGUCAGAUUUAGCGUCUGCCUACGCAGUCGGCAUAAGUUAUUUACAUCAUGAACUGUUACUAUCAUAGACCUAUUUAUUUUGCGUCCCUCAAUCUCAUAUUCUGUCAGAUUUAGCGUCUACCUACGCAGUCAGCAUAAGUUAUUUACAUCAUGAACUG